CGUGAUCAAUGGCGACGGAGUUUGCGCAGACGAGCGACCACGGCGUCGCCGAGACCGCGUUUGAUGCCAUCCACUGCAAGAUGUCGGCCGUCAAGCAAGGCUACUUUUCCGAUGAUUUCGUUGCGCUCGUUGGCCGCAAGCCGACGCGUCGCAUUCCUCUCAUCCAUCGCGGCUACUACCUCCGGCACGUCGCUGUCGAGGCGGCUGUCGACCUCUUUCUGUCGCAGCGACCGACGCCGACGACGCCUGUCCAGAUCCUCUCGCUGGGCGCGGGCUUGGACACACUCUUCUUUCGCCUCCAGCAGCAGCAUGUAUCCCACAUCUCCAUGUUUGAAGUCGACUGCACCGCCAUCACGGACCACAAGAUCGACGUUUUGACGGCCAAGACGAGCCAACUUUUUGGCGAUACGACGAACGUUACGACGUCGGUCCAUGCGCUCAUGGCGACGUCGCCCACGGCCAAGUACGUCGCCCUCGCGUGCGACCUCGGCGACACGGCGGCGCUAACAGCGCGCUUGGCGGCGUACGGCCUGGAUCCCUCGCAGCCAACGCUUGUACUCGCCGAGUGUGUGCUGGCGUACUUGGCGCCGACAGCGCGGUCAGCGCUACUAGGGUGGGCAUCGGCGCUGCUAUCGGACGCCCUCUUCGUCGGCUACGACCCGAUUGGGCUGCCCACCGCGUUUGGGCGUCAAAUGCACGGGUACUUUGCGGCGAAAGGCUGCGACUUGCGCUCGGCCAAGGCGCUGCCCAGCGUCCACGACCAAGCGAGUCACUUUGCUGCCCACGGAUGGCGCAGCCUCCGUCUCUACAACAUGAACGCUGUCUACCGCCGUCUUGUCGACGCGGCCGAGCGCCAACGGAUCGAGGCGCUCGAGCCAUUCGACGAGUACGACGACUGGGUCACGUGCAACCACCACUAUGGGCUGACGCUUGCGUGCACGGGAGUCAUGGACGGCGGCUCCGUCGGCGCCAAAACACUUGGUCGCUGGCCUCGUGUGACGACGCACCUCGACGAAGCAGCGAUGCUUGACACAUUUGCGACCGGCGUAUCGAUCCGUCCGUUCCGGCCUGCCGACCAGGACGCGGUGCGGGCCAUUUUCGAGUCGACGCUCGACGAGUACGACCACAAGUCGGUGCGCAAGCUCGUGGCGCAUCAACUCAACACGGAGCUCGCCGAUGUCGCGGGUUCGUACCUAGCACCCGCCAAAGCAUGCUUUUGGGUGGCCGAGCGCGGGACCGAGUUCCUUGGCUGCGUCGGUGUCAAGCCCUUCAAGGACGAUGGUAUCGCCGAGCUCGUCCGUCUCCGCGUUGCCACGAGUGCGCGCCGCCUGGGCGUCGCCUCGCGCCUCGUGGCCGCGCUCGAGACCUUCUGUCGCGACGUUGGGUACCGCGCCGUGUACCUCGAGACGCUCGCGGCAAUGGAGCCCGCAAAAGCCUUGUACGUGCGCCUCGGCUACGCGCAUCUCGGAUCGAUUCGCGUGGGGAAGCCGCCUUUGGAUUUUGGCCUCGAAAAGUUCCAGCGCGACCUGUAGAGCCUGCAUUGCAGAAAGAGAAUGUAGCAUGCUAUUAGAGAUUCUUAAAGUCAAAAAGGGCGGUCGUCGGGCCAUCGCGGG